CUUACUUUACAUACCUUCAAUUACCUACCUUCAAUUACCUUCAAUUACCUACCUAAUACUCCGUAAAAUAAAAAGUUUACCUACCUCCAACCAAGUGUGCUCUAUUGUAAUUUCAUGUAUUUCUGUUGGGGUCGGCACAACCCUGGUUUUCUUUCUCGGGUCCCGUUAGUUUGGCUGAUGCCAUUGCGACUUGUGUAGAUGGACAUACAAUUCACCGAGGAAUCGUCAGCUGCGCAAGCAACGGAAGAUCACAUGAAUUUAGCCUUUGGUGAAGAAGUAAACCAAGAUGAGGAAAACUCUGUUGACGGAGAAGAAAUGGAAGAUGAAGUUGGCGAUAAUGAUGAAUUUAUGGCGGACAAUGAAGUUAGGGCAGAAGAAUCUGGCGCAGAAGGUGAAGCAAGAGCACUAGAUGAAAUUGGUGAAGACCAAGAAGAAGAAGAAGAUGAUGAUGAUGAUGAUGACUAUGGUGAUGAUGAUGAUGAUGAUGAUGAUGGUGAUGAUGAUGAGGAAGAGGAGCGUUUGGUGGAAAAUGACGGAGGAACAGCCUCAGUGUCUUUAGGGAAUAAUGAUAUGCCCCUUGAUCGGCUCAGUGCAUUGCCUAUCCUCUUGCUUUUUAACAUUCUAUCGCGUUUGGAUACAAGGGAAGGUGUGAUUACUUCUGUGUUGUCAAAAAGAUGGAAACAUCUCUGGCUGUUCGUGCCAAGACUCAAAUUCAGUUACAGUAGUGUGGAUACUGAGAAAAUAAGCCGGUUUCUGGCUGCGAUCAACAGGACCAUUAUCAUUUAUAAUGCACGCUUUUUGAGUUGUUUUGAGGUACUAUCGAUGUUGGCAAUGAAUGGAUGGGAGCUUCCACAGUCUGAUCGAAGGGUACUGCAAGUAAGCACUUCAUGCAAUGAGGAGAGCAUUUCUGGGAUUGCAUGCCUGCUGGAUUCCUCUCCAUACGUUGAGACAUUGGGCAUAGAUGGCUAUAAACCCAAGAAGACAAUGGGCGGAUCACCUGCCGGUGCAAGGCAUGAUUUGAGGGGUGACCUACUGCAUCUGAAUUGAAAUCACAAUAUGGCCAGAGCCAAAUGAUGAUGGCGAACCGAUGUUGGAAUUGGCUGAAAUUUUGCUAAAGAGGAGUAAGGUCUUGGAAAGGUUGGUGGUUCACGUUAUAAGAACAGUUGACUUUGUAAGUGUAAUACAAAGACUGCUUGAGUGCCCGAGAUCCUCCCCAAAUGCAGUCGUCCUCCUUCCUUAGUAGACACACCCCUUUGCACGAACACCCUGCUGGCGCCCGUCCUGCUCUGUUGGAUGUUGUAAUACCAACUUCAUUUUGCCCUUUUUUUCUACUAGACUAGACAUUGUAUCAUCCCAUAUAUGUAACUCUAUCUAUGGCUUGUUAGGUGCAUUAU